AUGUACGGCGUGAUGCGGUGGAUGAAGAAGAUGACAUUUUAUUUCCAAAAGGAAUCCAUUUCAGAGGCGCUGGUCCACGCCAAAUGGUUCACUUUGACUCGGAUGAAGUACAUGCUUGCACUGUCACAUGUGGUGGUCUCGAUACCGUUAUUGAGAAAUCGAGAUCAGAAGGCAUGUUGGCUUAAAGUUGUUGUGGUUGGAAUCCCGAAAACAGUCGAUAAUGAUAUACCGGUGAUAGAUAGAUCUUUUGGGUUUGAUACUGCUGUGGAGGAAUCUCAGAGAGCUAUCAAUGCAGCACAUGUUGAAGCAGAGAGUGAUGAGAAUAGUAUCGGUUUCGUUAAGCUCAUGGGUCGUUACAGUGGAUUCAUAGUGAUGUAUGCUACAUUAGCCAGCAGAGAUGUGGAUUGCUGGUUGAUUCCAGAGUCGCCGUUUUACCUUGAAGGUGAAUGUGGACUGCUGGAGUUCAUAGAGAGACGGAUCAAUGAGAAUGGUCACAUGGUGAUUGUUCUUGCUGAAGGAGCAGGACAAGAUUUGAUGUCUAAAAGCAUGGAGUCUAAUACUCUUGAGGAUGCGUCUGGUCACAAUCUUCUUGAAGAUCUUGGCUUGUGGCUAUCACAAAACAUCAAGAUGGAAAAUUGCAACGCUGGAAAUGCAGAUGAAUGUAAAUCAGGGGAAGCUAAAAUCAGAAAACAGAAACAUGAUUUUGCAAAGCUUGCUUUUGGAAAGAGUUGUGAGGUACCUUCUCUUGAAGCCAGAUCUGUGUCGUAUGAAUUCAAAUGCAUCAAAGGCAGAGUGGAUCGAAACUCAUAA